GAGAAAACUAAAAAAAUAUAUGACCUUAAAAAUGGGUUUUCUUUUAAUAAUUGACGAAAUACCAUAAUAUUCUGCCAUAUUACAAUGAAUAGCCCCUUCUUCAGCACUUGUUUUGGCGGGAAGAGUUUGUUAGGCGUUAGUUAUUCUACUUCUUGCGCACAUCAAUAAAACCAAAAGAAAUCAAUCCAAAUUCAAGAAGUCAAGAUUUUGAUCUCAUUCAUUUUCCUCUCAUGGCUCCAUAUUGCCUCUCUUUCCUCCUCCGAUUCCUCACUGCUUUCGCUUUCACAUCCGCAGCCCUCAUUCCCAGCCCUUCCCCCGCCCCCGCCCCUUCCCCUUCCACCGCCGCUAUUCCUUUGCCAACUCUCAACGCCACCAACCCCACUCCCUCCCCUGUUCCCACUCAAAUCCCAAGUCCCACCAACACGACGACCACUGCCCCUUCUCCUAUCCAAAUUCCCAACACCACCACAGCGCCCCCUACUUAUGUCUCAACUCUCAACACCAGCACCGCCGCCGCCGCACCUACGCCGCCACGAGAAGGCCGACUCCACCGCCAACAGCUCAACAACAUAGUCGAUGCACUAAUCGGUGCUGGAGACUUCAACGGAUGGGCCAACAUCCUCUCGGUGGCCGACCCCAUCACUCUUCCUCUCUCCGCCACCCUCUUCAUCCCUGCUGAUGAUUCUCGAUCUCCCAUCUCCACCACCAUGACCAUUGACCCUUUCAUCUUCUCUUACCACAUUGUACCUCAACGCCUCUCCUUCGCUGACCUUCGGCAAUUCAAGCUCUAUUCUCGCCUUCCUACGCUACUCCCAUCCAAGCACAUUCUCAUCACCAAUAAUUCCAGUUCCAACUUUACACUGGAUGACUCUCUUCUUUCUCAUCCCGAUCUUUUCAUCACUGGCACUGUCGCCGUCCAUGGAAUGGCCACGCUCAUGGACUACUCUGUUUAUGGCGACGCCAAACCAAAACCUUCACAGCCAGAAGUAUUGUCGCGGCCACCACCAGCAAUGUUUGAGCCAUCAGGCGAAGUGAUCGACGAUAAACCAGACAUAGAUGCGGCUUGCUUGUGUACUGAGGUUUGGCCUGUUUUCUUGGUGUUUUGUGCUGUUUUGGCAUCAAAGAUUCAAAGAAUGAGUCUCGGCCGUUGAUGGGUUUUGGGCGGAGAUGAUGAUGGAGAGUCAUUCUUUUCUUGGAUCAUCCCUUGGAUUAGUUACUAUUCGUCCCUGUACUCUUUGGCCAUAUGACACAAAUUUCUGUGCCAGAAGACCAUUUGAAGUUCUGAUUUGAUGUAAUUUUUUGUCAAAUCUUUUUAGAUUCAAUUGGGUCUUGUUCUUUUCUCAGAGAAAGAUUUUGCGUUGGGUUUUAGAGAUGCUGCUUGCAUCAGAUAAAUAAGGCAGAGAUGGCUCUGAUCGAUUCUUAAGCAUCUUUCUUGCGGUUUGUUUGAACCAUUAAUUUUCUGCUAUAUUUUUCUUAUUAUCUGAUGCAUUUCCUUUAGAAUCAAUUAACAUUCAUCUCAAUUGGAUGAAAAUCUUUUGCUUAAUUUCAUAUCUCACUCUCAUCUUCUCCAUUCAUUAGUCAUGUAAGCAACUCUGCAUGGAUUCAGUGA